ACUACAUUUCCCAGCAGACCCCGCGCGGACACUCUGAGCAGAGUGCGAGCGGGGUUGGUGGUGAGGAUGGCUUCCCUCGUGAAGAAAAUAAUCAGCAGUGCUAAGGCUCCCCCUGCGAUGGGGCCGUACAGCCAAGCAGUGCUGGUAGACCGGACGAUGUACAUUGCAGGACAGAUAGGUGUAGAACCUUCCACUGGGCAGCUUGUUUCUGGAGGGGCAAAGGAAGAAGCUAAGCAGGCUCUAAAAAACAUGGGGGAAAUCCUCAAAGCUGCAGGCUGUGACUAUGGGAAUGUUGUGAAGACCACAGUUUUGAUGGCAGACAUGAAGGACUUCAAUGAUAUUAAUGAUAUUUACAAACAGUUUUUCAAGACAAACUUCCCAGCCAGAGCAGCCUAUCAAGUUGCUGCUUUGCCAAAGGGUGCCCGAGUUGAGAUUGAAGCUAUUGCCAUUCAAGGACCCCUCCAAGAUGCUUCAGCCUGACUAUAAAUAGAGACUGAAUAUCCUACAACAGCAGUUUUAGAUUUAAUACUUCUCGCUUACAUCUAAUUCCUACAGUUGACUAUCAGAAGUCACAUACAGUUGAAAUCACCAAAUUUACCAAGGAAAAGUGCCUUCUUCUGGAUUGUGGCCUUGGAUUCUCUAAAAUACAAGCUUAACAGUGAGUUCUCUGCAGGCCAACCCUGAAACUCCAGGAGUCCUGCUAAUGUCAGCUGAGCUUGUUUGCAGGACAGGGCCCUUAUUUUGUGAUGGAUAUUCAGGCAUUGAAGUAUACAUUUCAGUUAAUGUAUGACAGUUUGGUGAUCUGGACAUGGAAUACUGUAAUGAUUUGUAAUAGUAGUUUUUUAUAACAAUUUUAAUAAGAGCAAAUGACAGAAAUGGGAAAACGGAACACUUGAAUUGCUUAGCAUAUGUCUUCACUUUUGUGUUUUGGGAGUAUUUUUCUGACCUGUCUUGAACUUUCUUUACUGAAUAGGUUACUGUUGGGACUUACAGUUUUUUUCAUAUGUGAACAACUGCUUAAGAAAGAUGAUGUUAAUUUCAGAAAGAAGAAAACCAUGCUUUUCUGAAGUAAAGUGGUGACUAUAAAUUGCCUGUAAAUUAAUCUCUGCCUAUAACCUUUUUCAUAACCGUUUUCUUAGCAAUUUACCUUUGGCUAUCUUUUGAUUUAAAACAAAACAAACCACCUG